AUCACGGAGAAGAAACAAAUAGGUGGCGUUUCUCUGUUGAAGUACAGUUUACUCCUCCAACCGCGAGAGUACAAGUCACUUUGAGCGAUACAUAAAAGACCGGAUACUUCGCUCACGAUAUUUGGAGAGGUAGAAAGAUGGGGAAACACAACAGCAAGCUUGCUCCUGAGGUGCUAGAUGACUUGACCAAGAGUACAGAGUUCAACGAAGCUGAGCUGAAGCAGUGGUAUAAGGGCUUCCUGAAGGACUGUCCGUCUGGCAUCCUCAAUCUGGAAGAGUUCCAGCAGCUCUAUGUCAAGUUCUUUCCUUAUGGCGAUGCUUCAAAAUUUGCCCAGCAUGCCUUUCGGACAUUUGACAAAAACGGUGACGGUACCAUUGACUUCAGGGAGUUCAUCUGCGCGCUCUCCAUCACUUCCAGGGGAAGCUUUGAACAGAAACUCAACUGGGCCUUCAACAUGUACGACCUGGACGGAGACGGCAAGAUCACACGUAUGGAAAUGCUGGAGAUCAUUGAGGCAAUCUAUAAGAUGGUUGGCACAGUGAUCAUGAUGCGUAUGAACGAGGACGGGCUGACCCCACAGCAGCGUGUGGACAAAAUCUUCAGCAAGAUGGACAAGGAUCACAACGACGAGAUCACGCUGGAGGAGUUCAAAGAGGCGGCCAAGAGCGACCCCUCCAUUGUUCUUUUAUUGCAGUGUGACAUGCAGAAGUAAGGAAGGAGAGGAAAAAGAGGAGCAUAGGGGUGCAGGGAGGGGGGGAGAACCAUGUACAGACUUCUAGAGAGAUGUAGGUAACAGAUAAUGAGAGAAAAUGUACAUACAGUUGAACAUAAGUUAGACUGCGUGAUAAUCUUGGCAAUGCUGAGGGAAUGCUUAUGGCCAUUUGGAUUGAUUAGUGAAAGUAAUGCAAGAGAGAGACUUUUCCACUCCGUAUCACUUAUUACACAUUCUGUCUGCUUUCCAGCCUCAAGAGUCAGAAAGUUUGAAAGAUUGAAUCCUUAAUACAAGACAUUUCUUUCCUCGAAAAGUUUGCUGUUGAGCCAACAGACAGGCAUUUAGCACUCUUUUUAGGAUUAAAAACAUAUUUGAACAAUUUAAUUUAAUAAUUAAUUAAUGAUUUAAUAAUCAUUUAAUUCUGAUUCAUUUUAAUGCAUUU